AUGGCAGCUCGCGAGUGCGGCUGUUGUGCACGGAAAGCUGGGCCGCGGUGGGUCGCGUCUAAAGGCAGCGGUGGCUGGCAGUUGCGUGGCGUCGAGGAGUGGUCGGCGGAGGCUCCAAACCCAAGGGGUCUAGGAUCAUCUACAUUCAAUCCUCAACCAGGAGAGGAGCAAAUUUCAAAGAACAAGAGUCUUCCAUACUGUGCCGGCCUCGGUUUCAACAUCGACCAGCAGCAAAUUUGCAACAAGUACGUACUUGAGAGUUCUGAUACUCAAGGAAAUCAAAACUUGAAUGCAAACAUUUAUUCUCAGAAUAAUUCUCCUCCAAGGCUUAAUGUUGAGAUUCACAUUCAAACAACGGGAAAUUAUCUUUGGAUCUAUCCCAGGCAUAUCCUCGAUGUCCAAGUGAAGAUAUCAAUAUUCUCUUGUAGACAUUUUACUAUUUCUUUCUUGGUUUCUACUAGCAAUUUACUCCCCAUAUACACUAGCUUUUAUAUUAUCUUCAUGUAAGGAUAUUGCUUCUAAUUUCUCCAUAGGUUAGGGUUUGUUUACAAGUUGUUCUGCUAUAGUAAGAGUU